GCAGCUCACUCUGCCCUCCCCUUUUCCAAACCUUUCCGAAUUCCCCCAAAAAAAAAAAACAAAAAAAAUAAAAAACCCCAAAAAACAAUAACCUAACUCGGUUUCUUCGCCGCCGUCAAUCUCCCUACGCCACCGCUUCCGUUCCGAUAUCCGGCGGCCCUAUCCUUACCCUAGUCAACCCUACUACCAUAUCCAAAAUCCAAAAAACAGAAAAUUAUUACAGAGAAUCAGUCUUGAAUUGUUAGGGUUAUUAGUUAUUAAUUCUUUUAAAUUUUUUGAUUUGUCCGAGUUUGAUCUGAGGUGAUGGCGCAGAUUCAGGUGCAGCACCAGAGCGCGGUUUCGGCUCCACCGCAGAACGGCGUCGCAGCCGCUCCUUCGCCGCCACUGCCGGUGGGUGCUGCGAAUGGGACGAACCAGUUUGUUACGACGUCGUUGUACGUCGGGGAUCUAGACCCUGAGGUUGACGAGAGGCACCUCUACGAUUUGUUCAACCAGGUCGGGCAAGUGGUCUCGGUUCGUGUCUGCAGUGAUUUGACCACUCGCCGAUCGCUCGGUUACGGUUACGUUAAUUACAGUAACCCUCAGGAUGCUGCACGAGCAAUAGAUGUACUGAAUUUCACUCCACUGAACAACAAGCCCAUUAGGAUCAUGUAUUCUUAUCGGGAUCCUAGCAUUCGCAAGAGUGGGACUGGAAACAUUUUUAUCAAGAAUUUGGAUAAAGCAAUUGAUCACAAAGCUUUACAUGAUACUUUUUCUUCUUUUGGACAUAUUCUUUCUUGCAAAAUAGCGACUGAUGCUUCUGGCCAGUCAAAAGGCUAUGGUUUUGUUCAAUUCGACACCGAGGAGUCUGCACAGAAUGCAAUCGAUAAGUUAAAUGGCAUGCUGAUCAAUGAUAAGCAGGUCUACGUGGGUCAUUUCUUACGUAAGCAAGAUAGAGAUAAUGCUUUGGGUAAGACGACAUUCAAUAAUGUGUAUGUGAAAAACCUGUCUGAGUCGGUGACAGAUGAUGACUUGAAGAAAAUUUUUGGAGAGUAUGGGACGAUCACUAGUGCUGUAGUAAUGAGAGAUGCAUAUGGUAGAUCAAAGUGUUUUGGGUUUGUUAAUUUUGAAAACCCAGAAGAUGCUGCCAAAGCUGUUGAGUCACUCAAUGGAAAGAAAAUUGAUGACAAGGAGUGGUAUGUUGGAAAAGCCCAGAAAAAAUCUGAGCGAGAGAAUGAGCUGAGAAGACGGUUUGAGCAAACUGUUAAAGAAUCUGUUGAUAAAUACCAAGGUGUGAACUUGUAUCUCAAGAACUUGGAUGAUACCAUCAAUGAUGAAAAGCUAAGAGAACUCUUCUCUGAGUUUGGUUCAAUAACCUCUUGCAAGGUUAUGCGCGAUCCAAAUGGAAUCAGUAGAGGAUCAGGAUUUGUUGCAUUUUCAACUCCUGAGGAAGCAUCUCGAGCUCUUACGGAGAUGAAUGGUAAAAUGAUUGCUGGGAAGCCUCUGUACGUUGCCCUUGCUCAGAGAAAGGAAGAGAGAAGAGCUAGGUUACAGGCACAAUUUUCACAAAUGAGGCCUGUUGCGAUGACACCUUCUGUUGCACCACGGAUGCCACUUUAUCCUCCUGGUGCUCCUGGUUUAGGGCAGCAAUUUAUGUACGGGCAAGGACCCCCAGCCAUGAUUCCCCCACAGGCUGGAUUUGGCUACCAGCAGCAACUUGUUCCUGGGAUGAGGCCUGGUGGUGCUCCAAUGCCUUUAGCUGAACUAAACAAGUUUUUCUAAAACAAGCUUGCUGUUUUAUAAAACUUACUUUUCUCUAUCAAUUUGUUUCCUCAGUUGCUUCCAAGGGGACGCUAUAUGCGUUACCCUCCUGGGGGUCGCAAUAUGCAAGAUGUUCCACUCCCAGGGGUUGCCGGAGGAAUGUUGUCAGUCCCCUAUGACAUAGGUGGUCUUCCAAUCCGCGAUGGUGUAGGGCAGCCAGUUGGAAUUCAGGCCUUGGCUACUGCUCUUGCAAAUGCUCCUCCCGAACAGCAGAGGACUAUGCUUGGUGAAGCUUUGUACCCGCUAGUGGACCAGCUGGAGCAUGAUGCAGCUGCUAAAGUUACAGGCAUGCUAUUGGAGAUGGAUCAGCCAGAGGUAUUACACCUGAUUGAAUCACCAGAUGCUCUCAAGGCAAAAGUUGCCGAGGCAAUGGAUGUGUUGAGAAAUGUUUCUCAACAAGCCAACACCCCUGCCGAUCAACUCGCCUCACUCUCCUUGAAUGAGAAUCUUGUCUCUUAGAUUUUUUUAAUUCAGUUUACUUUAGGCAAUAAACCCUACACUGGUCAUCACUAUCUGCUUUUGUUCCAGUUUUAAGGUCUUAGAUUGGUGAUUUCGGUCAGUACUAAGGAAGCUUUUCAUGUUCUUUGCAGUUUUUUGUUUCUAGGAUUAGCAAACUUGCUGGAUUAUUUAGUUUUGUUGUCUUGUUUGUGGAUUUAUAUUUAUAUCAGUUGUACUGGAUUGUUUGAAAGUGUUGUGUUAAUUUUUGUUUCCGAUUAA